UAUGUCCACGUGGAGUAUUAUAUAUAAAUACCAUCAUAGUUAUUCCGCUGGGUUCUGUUGAUUUUGUGUUACAACGAAGCCAGACUGGAACAGUUUACCGCAAGUUCUGCAUCCUGAUUUAUUAUCGCAAACGAAAAUGCCCUUGAAUCUGUCGAGCUAAGCAACGGGAAUGGGUUGCACGUUUACUAUUAUACACAUAUUUAUGUAACCAACAAGGAAUAUGCUUAGUGUACAUCCACGUGGUCUGUACCGUUGGAAUGCGGUGGAUAUUCCAGGAUGAAUUUACUGACGACGUCAAGACAGUAAUGGAGCGACGUAUACGCUCUGGCUGGCAUUUCCUCGGCACCUCCUGGAUGCCUCCCGACAAUAUUACCUGCCGGAUUACUCCGGAGUCCCCAGAGUCCAUAUCAUGGCUGCCGGUAAAACUUGUACAGGAUACCUUCCAGUAUUUGGACAGUGUUAACCGCACACGGUGUCGUCGUGUCUGCUCACUAUGGGACAUUGUCGCCGAGAUGACCAAAGAGGUUUGGGUUACCUUCUCGUCCCCCGAUUUCCGCUACAAUGAAGAUUGUGCGGGUCCCGAACAUCGUGAAUGGCGGCGAUCCGCGUACAAGGUGGGUAUGUGCCUGUGGAAAACAAUCGCCGCCACAACGGUAUGGGUCAUCAUUGCCAGUGCAGUGGAGUCGGAUGGCUACCCGUUCCUGGGAGAUUGUCUGCGGAUCAUCAAGUGGGUUCGCCAAGAACAACAGAGCCGUCAGAAAAUAAAGGUCAUCCUCCAUAGAUUCCACUGGUAUGUGCAGGAUGUGGCGUACAUGAUGGCGUUGGCGACCGCCUGUGCGGAUGCGGCGGCCGUCGUCCAGACUCUGACGUGGAAAGACUGUCGGUUUACAAUAGGUUAUUCAUGGACCGGCGUGCGCCACGGCAUUAGCGUAGCGCUGGGCAGUGUCGAUGUGGACGCGGAUCGUUUUCGGUUUCUCCACAAUCUUCACGCCUUUUUGGAAGGCCAUCUUCUGGUCAGUAAAGCGGAAUUCGCGGCCCUCCUUCCUCAUGCGCGAUUGCCACAAGUGUACAUGUUCUGAUAGACUACAAACUCUGUAUUUAUCUCUGACAAUUGGAAAUGGGAAAUGGCAAAACUGCAGUACUUUACGUUGGAGAAUUGUUGGUAUUCGAUUUGUACUACUCGUAUAAUGCGCCGAAGUUUAGUUGUUCGAUGUUACUGUAAUUAUCUAUUUAAUAUAUUUCUUGCAGCUCAGAUUUGUUGUUACGGGGAGUACAGAAGCUGCAGAUAGACUGCUGCACUUUCAGAUCAUGUUAUGUUGCUUCCGAGAAGCAAUAAUAAUUGCAAGUACUUGUAUGAGUAUCUUGUUUAUUUACUUAUUUUUUCUCUGACUCUGGUAGCAGAAAUUGCAAAACUGUAUACACAUAUACUGUACUUUUAGCUGUAUUAUGAAAGAA